AUGGACCUGAUGUUCUACCUGCAGGACACGAAGAGCAGCAAUGGGACGUUUGUCAACAACCAGAGGCUCAGCAAGGGGUCGGAGGAGUCCCCCGCCAGGGAAGUGUGCUCCGGGGACAUUGUGCAGUUCGGAGUAGACGUCGUUGAAAAUUCUAGGAAAGUUGUUCAUGGUUGUAUUGUUGCUACUCUUAAACUGUACCUGCCAGAUGGGAAGGAAGCAAAGGCCAGUCCUACUACUACAGUUGUGCCAUUAUCACCCGAGACCUCUGUUUCUUCUCAGGAAUUGUAUCAACUUUCCCAAUAUCUUCAGGAAGCUCUUCAUAGGGAACAAAUAUUGGAAAACAAGCUCGGAACACUUCAGAAAGUCGUUGCCAACACUCAGGAUGAGUCUGACAUCGGAUGGAAGGCUCUCAUUGAAGAGGAUCGGCUCCUCAGUCGCAUCGAAACGUUGGAAAGCCAGUUGCAGACUUGUGGCAAGAAUGUGACGGAAGAAAAGCUGAAGGACGAUGUAGUGAAGCUGCAAGAAGAUAAAGACAAAUACCAAAUAGCAGCAAAAGAAUCAUUAAAAAAAGUUCUUCAAGAAAAGUUAGAAGCCAUUAGGAAAGUUCAAGAUCUAGAAAACUCUCUUAGCAACACAGAAAAUGAAUGCACCCACCUAGGCGAGAUGAAUCAGAAGAAAGAACAGGAGAUUCAACUCUUAUUAGAGAAAAGCACAGAGAGUGAGAAGGAAAUUGCUAACUUGACGACCAAGCUCCAGGAGCUGGAGGAAAAGUAUCAAGACAUGUUGAGUCAAACUGCCGAGGACAAGUUGGUUUUAGAAAACAACACGGAAGAGAUGCGAAAAGAGGAACAGAUUCUUUCUGCUAAAAUUGAAGCUUUGCAAGCUGAAAAUGACUUUGCAAAGGAACAAUUAAGUGCCAUGAAAGCCCAUUUUGACAUUCUCAAGAAAGAUAAUGAUCCAGAUGAAACGAUUGAAAGGAAUGGAAAUCUCUCUGCUGACGAUCACAUAGACUCUGCGGAAGAGACGGAAAGGAAGCUCAUCCAGCACCUCAAUCGUGAAGUGAAUCGGCUUUCCUCGGAACUCGAAAGGGUUCGGACGGAAAACCGAAAAAACGAGGCCCACUCGUAUACCGAUAACGAAGAUUUCAAAACCAAUGGAGACGCUAAGCCUAGCGACUAUAUAAAUAAAUUACAAGCUGAUAUACAACAACUCAAGAAAGUCCUGAGUGAAACCAGAGACAACAAAAAAGUAGUUGAUGUGGAGUUGUUGCAAGUCAGAGCUCAGUUAGAUGAAGUACAAACCAAUGCCAAGAAGGUAUCUGCCGAACUACGUAACGUUCAGGAACAGUUAUCCACUGCCAGGCAACAGGUGAAGGAGAAGACGGAGCACGUGUUAGAAUUAGAAUGUAAGUUAUUAUCAUUAAUUAAAGAAAAAGAAUCCGAAAGUGAAAAAGAAUUAGGAAUAGAAUUUAUGAAGGAUGGCAGUUAUCCAGCCAAAGGUACGAUAUAA